CUUGCACUGCCCCCUCCCCUCUACCCCCUCCCGCGAGCCUCGAGGUUCCACAGCUGGCCCAGGCCGAGUCAGUGUCAGUCAGGGAGGCGGACUGCUGAGCACUGGUUGCGGACACCGCAUUGCAAUCUCGCCCAGGGGACGGUGCCUGUGCUCGCGCCGCCGGGUGGGAAGGAUGAAGCCGCAGCUGGAGCAGCCACCCUAUGAUUGGCUGUGGCUCUUGUAAACCCGAAGUAAAGAUGGCGGGCGGGCAGGCAGCCGCCGCACUGCCCACUUGGAAGAUGGCGGCUCGCCGCAGCCUCAGCGCCCGCGGCCGGGGGCUCCUGCAGGCGGCCGCGGGGCGGCUGCUGCCGCUGCUACUACUGAGCUGCUGCUGCGGCGCGGGCGGCUGCGCAGCGGCGGGCGAAAACGAGGAGACGGUGAUCAUCGGGUUGCGGCUAGAGGACACGAACGACGUGUCGUUCAUGGAAGGGGGGGCGCUGCGGGUGAGCGAGCGGACCCGGGUCAAGCUGCGGGUGUACGGGCAGAACAUCAACAACGAGACAUGGUCCCGCAUUGCCUUCACCGAGCACGAGCGUCAGCGCCACAGCCCCGGCGAACGCGGGCUCGGGGGCCCCGCGCCGCCGGAGCCGGACAGCGGCCCCCAGCGCUGCGGCAUCCGAACAUCAGAUAUCAUCAUCUUGCCCCAUAUUAUCCUCAACCGCCGUACAUCGGGCAUCAUUGAGAUCGAGAUAAAACCGCUGCGCAAGAUGGAGAAGAGCAAGUCCUAUUACCUGUGCACGUCGCUCUCCACGCCAGCCCUGGGCGCCGGCAGCCCGGGGUCCGCGGGUGGCGCCGUCGGGGCCAAAGGCGGCUCGGGGGUGGCCGGGCUCCCACCGCCCCCUUGGGCCGAGACCACCUGGAUUUACCACGACGGCGAGGACACCAAGAUGAUCGUGGGCGAGGAGAAGAAGUUCCUGCUGCCUUUCUGGCUGCAGGUGAUCUUCAUUUCUCUGCUCCUGUGCCUGUCGGGCAUGUUCAGCGGCCUCAACCUGGGACUCAUGGCCCUGGAUCCAAUGGAGCUGCGCAUCGUGCAGAACUGCGGCACAGAAAAGGAGAAGAAUUACGCCAAGCGCAUCGAGCCCGUGCGCAGGCAGGGCAACUACCUGCUGUGCUCGCUGCUGCUGGGCAACGUCCUGGUCAACACUACGCUCACCAUCCUGCUCGACGACAUCGCCGGCUCAGGCCUCGUGGCGGUGGUGGUCUCCACCAUCGGCAUCGUCAUCUUUGGGGAGAUCGUGCCCCAGGCCAUCUGCUCCCGGCACGGCCUGGCUGUCGGGGCCAACACCAUCUUUCUCACCAAGUUUUUCAUGAUGAUGACCUUCCCUGCUUCUUACCCGGUCAGCAAGCUGCUGGAUUGCGUCCUGGGCCAGGAAAUAGGCACCGUCUAUAACCGGGAAAAACUGCUGGAGAUGCUACGGGUGACAGACCCCUACAACGAUCUCGUUAAGGAGGAGCUGAACAUAAUCCAAGGGGCUCUGGAGCUCCGCACCAAGACGGUGGAGGACGUGAUGACUCCUCUCCGGGACUGUUUCAUGAUCACCGGCGAAGCCAUUCUGGACUUCAACACCAUGUCGGAGAUCAUGGAGAGCGGCUACACUCGCAUUCCAGUAUUUGAGGGGGAGCGCUCCAAUAUCGUGGACCUCCUCUUUGUCAAAGACUUGGCUUUCGUGGAUCCAGAUGACUGUACUCCCCUGAAAACCAUCACUAAAUUUUAUAACCACCCCUUGCAUUUUGUUUUCAAUGACACCAAGUUGGACGCUAUGCUGGAAGAAUUUAAGAAAGGUAAAUCUCACCUGGCUAUUGUGCAGCGAGUAAACAAUGAGGGAGAGGGGGAUCCCUUUUAUGAAGUUCUGGGAAUUGUCACAUUAGAGGAUGUGAUUGAAGAAAUCAUCAAAUCUGAGAUUCUAGAUGAAACAGAUUUAUACACUGAUAACAGAACGAAAAAGAAAGUGGCCCAUCGAGAAAGAAAGCAAGAUUUUUCUGCCUUUAAGCAGACAGACAGCGAGAUGAAGGUUAAAAUAUCACCACAGCUUCUCCUGGCCAUGCACCGUUUCCUAGCAACAGAAGUAGAAGCAUUUAGCCCAUCCCAGAUGUCAGAGAAGAUCCUCCUAAGGCUGCUAAAGCACCCCAAUGUCAUCCAGGAGCUGAAGUUUGAUGAGAAGAACAAGAAAGCCCCAGAGUACUACCUCUACCAGCGCAACAAACCUGUAGACUACUUCGUUCUCAUUUUGCAGGGGAAGGUGGAAGUGGAAGCUGGGAAAGAAGGUAUGAAGUUUGAAGCCAGUGCUUUUUCAUACUAUGGUGUAAUGGCCCUUACAGCCUCUCCAGUUCCUUUGUCCCUGUCUCGUACCUUUGUUGUCAGCAGAACAGAGUUGUUAGCAGCAGGUUCUCCAGGUGAAAACAAGUCACCUCCUCGCCCGUGUGGCUUGAAUCACUCGGACUCUCUCAGUCGCAGUGACCGGAUUGACGCGAUAACACCAACGCUGGGGAGCAGCAAUAAUCAGCUCAACUCUUCGUUCCUCCAAGUCUAUAUCCCUGACUACUCAGUGCGAGCCCUCUCUGAUCUCCAGUUCGUUAAGAUCUCAAGACAGCAAUACCAAAAUGCCUUGAUGGCAUCCCGGAUGGACAAAACUCCUCAGUCUUCAGACAGUGAAAACACUAAAAUUGAAUUGACUCUUACGGAGCUGCAUGACGGGUUGCCAGACGAGACGGCCAACCUGCUUAACGAACAGAACUGUGUGACGCACAGCAAGGCCAACCACAGCCUGCACAGCGAAGGCGCCAUCUAGGCCGCCCGCCCGCCCCCAUGCCCUGGCCCCGGCGUCUGACUGUGAGCCCCGUUGGGGUGAGCUUGUGUGCCACGCUGCAUCCUGCAACAUCCUGAGACCAAAGACUUUGUCCCCUUCCUGGAAGCAGCAGAGGAGGCUGGGGAGGGCAGGAGUCGUGAGACACACAGCUGGGGCAUGGCAUUCGAGAUUGUGGAGAGGAACUCCUUCCGCCCAAAUAGAAUCAUGUUUAUUUUUUCAGCUGUACCUUUUACCAUUAUUCACUCUCCUCCUCCCUCGAUUUGCAUGAAGUUGAAAAUUGUCGCGAUUUUUUUUCGAGAGAUUGUGUUUUUAAAAAGUGUCUUUGGCAGAGUUUUAAGUGAUUCUGUCAAAACUCUGCUGUGACCCCAUGAUGUGACCUUAAGAGGAUGGACUUGCCCCUCCAGGGGCCUUCCUUGGGCCCCCCAGGGAGAGCGCACCCUUCCUCUGUGCCCCAGUGGGUGUCGAUGUUGAACUUGAAGGAUGAAUGAAAACUGCGUUGACACAGACCUGCCGGCACUGCAGUUGGGGCCCGCGCAGGGACCCGCAGUCGUCUCUCUGAGCUCAGUGUUGUUUUAAGUUAAUGUCUAACGGUGUCUCUUUCUCUCAGAAAGGUUUAAUGUUUGCUUGGAAUGUGAUUUUGCUCCCACUCUAAGGAAUUUUUAUCACCAAAAUGAAUGUUAACGAAUUUUAAACCGAUGGUUUAUCAUUGGCAAGAGGCAAGGUGACUUCACCCCGACGUUCCUACAGCCGGGGCUCUUCCCCGCCCCAGCGCCCCAGCUUGCAGAACGCCGCCCCCUGCCUCCCCGUCCUUGCUCUUGUUAACCCAAGAUGCUGCUACACAGAUGCCAAAUGGAAAUCUUCCACAGGGCUUUUGAGUAAACUGGUGGUGUGGAGUCCAUGCUCCUCCCCUUCCUGCUGGGACGUGUGUCAUUGUCAGAAAAGGAGUUGGACCUUCCAGCUGUGCUCUGUGCCGAGAAGGCAUUCCUAGACCCAUGUAUUUAAAGGAGGGAACUCUGGGGGCUGCCAACCCCUGCCAUUCCUUCCAGGGAGCCGACUGUCCCUCUUCCUCUCUGUCUUUGGGCCCAUGGGGACCUCUGUGCCUCCUGCCUCAGAUGCGGCCCACACCACAGAGGCUGCCUGUACAGCCAGGGUCAGAUCGGCCCCAAACAGGGAUUCAGAAACCAAAUGUGUGUUGUGGCCAUUUCAUGUGUGUCUCCGUCUUAUUUUAAUACCAAAUUCAUCACGUGUAGUGAAAUUUAUGUCAGGAGGUAUUUGAGUGAUUGUGUUAUUAACUAUCUUACCUAUGUUUUAAGUGUUAACCCAAGGGAUGUGUGCAUUUUUUCGGCAACAUUGAACACUGAAAUGAAUUCCUACUGACUACACUUCCCACGUAGAGCUAUUAGUCCACGCUGCAUCCAGUCACUAGGCAAGAAGAUAGCUUUUCCUCCAGUGGGUCUCACUGAACGAAGAGAAGCCCCGGGGCUAAGCGGCAGUUUUCUUCUCCCUCCUCCAGGUAGGACUGUGCACCCCAGCUCGGCUCUAGGGGUGGGAGCUGCGGUUGAGGAAUAACCAGCACCACGCUGGGCUUGCCUCCCGGUGAGUAGCUUGCUGGCUCCAGUGUCAGAUGCAUGCCUGGCGCAGUGCGUCCUCUGGGAUUCAGUCCUGGAGUGGCUUCUUUGGAAGAUGUCACGCCCCUUAGCAAGGGAAGCACUGGCCUCCCCUGGCAGAAGUCACAGGGUGCCCCCUAAGAGGGCAGAGUGGCCUGCUGCUGGCACUCAAGUUGGCCACCGUGGGAUGGCACUCCCCCCAUGUAGCUUGAUGUGGGGACCCCUUGUGAUCAUCCCCUUUUAUAAACGGAUCUGUCCAAGUGUAAAGGUCCCACUUCCUUAAGCGUUUAGCUGAGCACAGCGCCAGUGUGACGAGACACAGGAACUGGGACUGUGUGUAAGGGGCGCAGAAAUGACAGGGAGUUGCCUGUAAUGAAAUGAAACUUGGGCUUUGCUGGGGAGGAGGCUUCUGCCCCAACCACCACAGCAUGCUUGGGGCCGGCCUGCACUGGCCGUCCCUGUGGUCUGGUGGGGGCUGGCUGCCAGCCCUGGCUCCUCUGGCCUCCAGGAUCUUUGCCUGUCUGACUCCCAUGGCCAAUCUGUUUCUCCACACAGCCCCCUUCUGAUGCGGCUACUGGAGGGAGCCCCGGAGUCAGCGUUACUGUGUUGGGUCUUUUUCAGAGCCCCACUGCUCCUUUAUGAAUCCUAAAGCUCUGUUGAGAGGAUCCCAGCUGCUGGCUUCUCGACUUCAGGGGGAAAGAAAACUUUUUAAUACUGUCUUACCUGCUCAGUGUGUGGCUUUUUGAAAAGACCUCUGUAUAAAGGAUGUGGCAGGGGGCUCGGUAGCAGGGCUCCCCAAGGAUGAAAUUUUAGCCGCCCAAGUUCAUAUUUAUUUUCUAUAAACAACUCUUUACCUUUGAUUAUUCACACUGUUUUAUAACAACAGGAAAUCCAAAAUAUAUUGUCCGGUCCCUGAAAGAAUACAGGUUAACAUUUGGCUGCAGUUAACAUCUGUUUUGGGGGAAGCUGCAGACUCUUCAGAUGAUAAGUUAGCUCAACAUCUGAGCAACAGAUUCCUCUUCUGGGCCCCACUUGCCCUCUGGAAACUAAUUCCAGGCUGUUGAGGGAGAAACACUGGCUCAUUGCUUCUGUGGGGCAGCAGGAGAAGGAUUUUGGCUUAGAAGGUCUAUGCAGUUUGUGUCUAUAAAGUAAAUGGGAGCAUGGCAGAGGAAGGCCAUCAGAUAGCUGAGCCUGAUGUGCAGUGGCCAGUCCUCAGCACCACUGGUGGGUUGUCCUCUCCUGGGGCUGCUGGCUUUGUAAGCAUGGAUGGGAGUGGGCUGUGGAGCAGAUGCAGGGCCUCGUCAGACCCAGGGACUCCCUCCUGUUCAGUGGCCUCCGUUGCCUCAACUGCGAGACGAGGGAGGGCCUCCUCCUGCCCCUAAGCAGUGGCUGCGGCAUCCCAAAGGUUCCUCCUAGGACUGGAUUCCCAGGAUCUCAACAUUCCCAGGACAGUCUGUGUUCUCUUUGUAAGGAGAGGCAUUUUUCCUACCGCUUUAGAGGUUCCUUCCCUUAAGAUUUGUGCAUGGAUAUUGGGGUGUUAACUCAGUUAAGCCUUGCUCCUUACCUAAUUUGAAUUGGAAAGAGCACCCCAUUUAACUCUUUCCCUUCCCUCCUCACCUCACUUCUGGAAGAGAGCUCAGUGCCCAUGCUGACAUAGCUGUCUUCCCCAAGUGGGAGGGGCAGGCAUCUUGCCAUUUUCUAAUGUUAUUUCAAAGAAUUUUGGUGCAGGUGUUGAAUGCAGAACUUCACACUAACAUGGAACAUUAACUGUGACUGUAUUUACCUGUGCUGUUCCCAGUACCGUACGACUAAAGGACCAGCUUUUCCAAGUAGAAUUGCAUUUUCCUUAGGAAAUGAAGCAACAGGAAUUUAGGCUAAGCAGGGACCAUGAACUUCUGCCCUCGAAUUCCCUCAGGUUGAGGAGCAGACCUAAGUAGGCCCUGGCUGGUUGAGACUGGGUCCUGGCUGGACAAACACAAAAACAAAACCCAACUCUGUCGUCUUCUGAAAACCAGCCAGGGAUCUGUGGCCAUCUUUCCUGGGCUAGGGGACCGCGAUUCCUCCAGUGCUCCCCAGAGCUGGUCACGGGCAGAGGACCCACCUGGACCAGCCCAGGAAGGUGCUUACCUCGUUUCCCUGGGGUUCUAAGCAAGAGGCCACCAGGGAGGGUUGGCUCGGUGCACGUCCCACAGCACAAAGCCCCCAGUGGCGGGAGAGCGGGAGCAACUCCCCUCUUAGCUUCGAUCCCAGACUGGUUUUCUCUGUGGAGUAUUGAGGGCGCUGAGGCUGAGCUGGUGGUCCAGCUUCUGCGGCGCCAGUGCUCACUUUUUACUGAAGACACAGGCUCCUGUCUUGGGUCAGGUAUGGUUCUAUGCUGGCCUCUGGACUGGUGGUGCUUCUAUCCAGCAAGGGCAUUUGGGUGGGUUGUAGGUUCACCCAGAAGUAGGAGGGAUUUAGAGAGUUCAAUAUGAAAGUGAUUUGGGGAUUCAGAAACUUUUCUGACCUAAAUGUAUCAACGAGCAACCUACUCAGUGGAUUUUUAUACCUCAGGGCCAUUUGCAAAUCUCUAUCUUUCCACGCGUCUUCUGUAUUGGAGCGGGCUGAUAGGAGUGAUGAGUUCAGAGGGUUCCGGGAUGCUGUUCAUUUGCCUCCCUUUGAGGGUGUGUGGGGCACCCGAAGCUUGCCCGGGGCUGUGGCAGUGGGCCUCCCGUCCUCCUGCAGCCCGUGCAGGCGUUCCUCCUGCAGUGAGUACGCACCUGCUGCUUUUCCUUCUCUUUGUCCAGACAGGCCAGAGUCCCUGGUCAGCCCUAAGAACAGGGUGAAGAUGGCAGUUCAGAGCAGCUGUGGAGCUUGGAGCAGCUUUGCUCCCACCAUCUUGGGCUGGGGACUUUUUUUUGCUUUUCAGACCUUUGUGGUUGGCUCGGCUCGAGUUAGCUUUCUGUGUGCGCUAGAGCCAAUGACAUCAUCUCACUAGAAGUCUUUUAUAUGAGGCUGUACUUGAAACAACAUGGAAACAAAGGUUCUAGUGGCAAGAGAGUAAGUUCUAGAAGUUUGUGUGCCAAGGUUUUUAUGUACACAGAUCCGACAGAUACUGUAAGACUUAAGCAAGCACGCAUUUUCCACUUUUAGUAUCCACUGGGUGUUAAACAUGAACCAGUUAGAAGAAUGACUGGGAGUACUGUCUUGCCUCACUUGGCAGGGUAUCUUCUGGUAUUUGCCCACAACAUGAAUUCACUCAGGAAGUGAUUCUUUUGGGGCCAGAUUCCUUUUCAGUCUCACCCUGGAGAGAACUAUCAAAUGGACCUGGGUGCCUGCCCUUUUGGUUGGAGGCGCAGGCCCCUUCGCUAUAAACAGCUGGUCUCAGGCUCCCAGAGCAGAAGGGAGAGGGGAAGAGUAAGGCCUCGGGACUUCUCGUUCCCCAGAGAACCCCAGCCUCGCUCCUGGUUCAUCACUCCCCAUGUCUGAAGUCUACUGUGAAGGUGGAGUGUAUCGGUCCAUUGACUUUUCUUGUUUCUGGAGUCCUUUCGAUCCACAAGUGUAUAUGCUUUAUUUUAUAUUAUUAUUUAUUAUGUACAUAUGCCUCUACUGUUAGCACAUCAUCUGUGACUGCGAUGAGAUCUGUUCUGGAGCCCCUCAUCCAUGGAGCCUGGGUUCUGUUGUCUUUUAAAGUGGGUGAGAAGGAGUGGUUUUGUUUCUAUUUUUGUCUUAAACAGGCUGCUGCUCUUAUGUUGAUCCUAGUGUCCUGGCCCCUUUUAUUGGGCCCACCUCUAUUCCUGACGGCCAGUGUUUGGGAUGGAGAUGGAGGCAGCUCUCCUGCUUCAUAACAGGGCCUCUCAAGUACCUCGGUGAAAUACUUUAGAGGUGGUUUCCUGUGACUGGGUCUGUUCUCUAGGUAAUGGUACAGCGUGGCUGUGAGGCCAGAGCCUCCUUCCUCACUCCCACACCCCCAAGCCAGGUUGGUACCCUGGCCCCACAACAGUGAUGGUCUCUAAUUCCCACCUUGGAUUGCAGAAUCCAUCUCUCUGGACCAUGGAAGCUGCCUGCCCAUCUGGGCUUCUAAUAUGCCUUUUCUUGGUUUUGAGGCCCAAUGCCAACAUUGCCUUGGCCCUCAAAUAAGACCCUGCUUUGUGUCUGAUUUCCAUCCUCCUUAGCCUUUACUCACUGUAUCAUAGUGUACAUUUCAUGCUUUGCCAACAGUGAAGUUUUCUGAACACAGUAUUCAGAGCUGUGUACAUAAACCUAAAAAGCGCAAAGGACAUGUAUAGGUUUCAUGAGCUGAUUGUCAUGAUGAAUGCGUUUUAUAAUUCAAAUGACGUUGUAGAUUUACAAUCUCUCCUAUUUAUUUUGUAUCAAUUUAUUUGUAAAUUUUGUGAUUGUUUUCAAAGGUUUUUGUUCAUUUCUAUUAUUCUAUUUAGAUAAAUGAUGAUUUCUGUUCACCCUU